AGCACAAAGUUGGAGCUAGGCAUCCUGACUGAGCACCUCGGCAAAGGCCUGGACCCCAGCUCUGAGUGCAGAUAUGACAGAUUCAAGCUUGCGUAUCAGUGGGGGAGCCGUCAGAUUUGGAGCCACCUAUGGAGGCAACCGUCUGUUCUCUGGAGCUAGGAGUGGUGGUGGAGGUGUUAGCAUGGCUCUGUCCCGUUCGCUCGGCUUGUCGAGGGGGGGUGGAGCAGGAGCCGGAGCUGGUUUUGGCCUGGGAGGAGGUCUGGGUGUAGGUUAUGGGGCUGGAGCUGGUGCAGGAGCAGGACUGGGCGCUCUCGCUUUCGGUGGCGGAUUCGGCUUGGGUGCCGGAGGAGCCAGAGCAGCGGGGAUGAGGGCUGGUGUGGCUCCUCUGAGAGCCCGUCUGGGGGGCAGAGUCUUCAAAAUCGGAGGCUAUGGUUUCAACCCGUCCUUCAUCAGCUCUACCACUACGGUGGACGCAGGUGCCGGUCCAGUGCUCAGCAUCGAUCCCACACUCCCGUCGUUGGACACAGUGCAGAUCACGCGCAUGAAAGAGAAGGGGGAGCUGCAGGCCCUCAAUGACAAAUUUGCAUCUUUCAUUGAUAAGGCCCGGUCUCUGGAGCAGCACAACGCAGUACUAAAAGCUAAGAUUUCUAUGUUUACUAACCCAGAGCAGGGAGGACCUGCGAGCAGUUCCAUCCUUCUGACCUCUGCCAUCGGAACCUAUAAAUCUCAGAUUGACAGCCUCACCGUUACUAAAGAGGCCAUCAUUGCUGAGAUUGAGCACUAUAAAGGCAUUAUUGAGGAUGUUCAAGCCAGGUAUGAUGAGGAAACCUCUCAAACCAAAACUUUGGAGCUCGAUUGGACUGCGUUGAAAGAGGAAGUGGAUAAUCUGUACCUUUCCAUCUUUGAGUUGCAAACCAUCAUCGGUGGUUUGGAGGAUCAUAUUGCUCUGUCCAAGCAGGUGUAUGACGCUAAAGUGAAAGAGGUGAGAAACAUUGUGACUGGUGGUGUGAAGUCAGCAGUGUCUAUCUCAGUGGAUAACGCAGCCCAGGCCCAGGAUCUGACCUCAGCGCUGACUGAAGUCAAAGCUCACUAUGAAGCCCUGGCUCAACGCAGCAAGCAGGACGCCCUCCUCUCAGUGCAGGACAGUCUCACCAUGAUGUCUUCACAGCCAAGUUCUCACACACUCACCACAGCCAAAGAGGAGCUGCGGGUUUACAAACUACAGAUUGACUCUGUGCAGAGGGAGAUCGACAGGCUCAAAACUCUGAACUUACAGGUGGAGUCUCAGGCGGAGGAGGCAGAGUGUCACUCCAACUCCCACACGGAGACGUACCAGGAUCAAGUUCUAAUUCUCAGAUCUCAGCUUGAUGACCUCAGAAAGCAAAUUACUCAUUACGGUCAAGAAUAUCAGGAGCUUCUAGCCAGCAAGAUGUCCCUGGAUGUUGAAAUCACAGCUUAUAAGAAACUCCUGGACAGUGAAGAGAACAGGUUGAGAUCUGGAGGUGGUGUCACCGUGCACAUGUCUAAGACCGUGGUCGGAGGAGGAGGAGGUGCAGGUCUGGGUGGAGGUGCCGGUCUGGGUCUCGGAGGUGGAUACGGGCUGGGCGGAGGGCUAGGAGGAGGUCUUGGGGGUCUAGGACUGGGACUCGGUGGAGGACUGGUCUUUGGAGCAGGUGCAGGAAGUUCCUACGGUGCAGGGAGUAGUUACAUGUCCUCCAGCCUGAGCAGCAGUGCCUUAUCAUCCUCUGUUUACUGAAGAUUCACAACCUCCACUCAUCAAGCCACAACAGAAUGCUGAGCUUCCAAAAAUGGGGCAUAGAAAGGAAGCCUACCAUCACGCUUCAUGAAGAACGCCUCCAAUAAGUUCACACAUUUA